AUGGAGUUCAGCAGGAUGGAGUUCUUCCAGGAGCUAGGGGAGAGCUGUGUUCUCCCUAUGGCCAGCAGGGAGUGGAACAGGUCUGGCAGCUGCUGCUCCUCUGCCUGCUCUGUCGACUCCUCUGUAGGCUGGGUGAGUUCACUUGAACACUUGACCAAUAACAUGAUACAAUACAUGACCAAAAGUAUGAGCAUUAAUGUGGAGUUGGUCCCCCCUUUGCUGCUAUAACAGCCUCCACUCUUCUGGGAAGGCUUUCCACUCGAUGUUGGAACAUUGCUGCGGGGACUUGCUUCCGUUCAGCCACAAGAGCAUUAGUGAGGUCGGGCACUGAUGUUGGGCGAUUAGGCCUGGCUCGCAGUCAGCUCUAGCAGGGCAGAAAUUUGACGAACUGACUUGUUGGAAAGGUGGCAUCCUAUGACGGUGCCCCGUUGAAAGUCACUGAGCUCUUCAGUAAGGCCAUUCUACUGCCAAUGUUUGUCUAUGGAGAUUGCAUGACUGUGUGCUCGAUUUUAUACACCUGUCAGCAACAGGUGUGGCUGAAAUAGCCGAAUCCACUAAUCUGAAGGGGUGUCCAUAAACUUUUGUAUAUAUAGUGGAUAAUGGAGAGAAUACAGAGGAUGUGCCAACUUUGGAGACACAGUUCCUCUGCCUUGGCAUUGCAGACGCAUGCCAGAUCUUACAACGCCUGGAUAGGUAUUUUACGUAUCAGCUAACCACAUCCUAUGUUAUAGCAAUCUGGUCCCCAACGGCACAGUCAAUGAAGUGGCACGCAACCAUUGGUUGAUGCAUGCAACGUCUGAGCGGGGGAACACAACCAAAGACUGAAUCAUGUCAUUUAUACUUUGCCAUGAAGCCAUCUGCUGUGUAUGGGACACAUGUAAUGAUGACAGAUAAAGAAGUCCCAUACCGAGACCUAUAAGCACCCCAAUUCCUACAAAAGCCUUUGGUGGUGCCGGCCUGGUAUAGCUGUAUUUAGUAUUUCCUGUCCUCCAGUAGGUCUCUCGUCCUCUGUGAAACAUCUGGGCUCAGUUGCAGUGGGUUUAUAUGCCCUCUACCUGUUCUUUGAGCAGUCCAUGGUGUGGGUGUUACUGCUCAGUCUGCUCUGCUACACUGCCUUGUUCCUCAACCGCCACUCCAGCAGCCGAGGAAUCUUCCUCUCCGCCACCAUCCUCAUCUAUCUACUCAUGGGGUAAUGAAUAAUGAACUCCACUAUAGUAAAUGCUGUAUCAUAGGCAUUGGUGCUGGCACCAUCCUCCACUUAACCGUUUUCUCCUAUUGUUUUCUUCCAGAGAGCUGCAUAUGAUUGAAACAAUGACCUGGCAUAAAAUUAGAGGUAAAUGUUCUGCACAGACAUAAUUUGUCACCAUAUCUGAGUUUAUUUUCCUGCAUUUCUAUGAAGCAUUACAUUUGAAAACACCUAAUUUAAUACAUUGAACAAUGUUGAAUGAUUGGAUGGCAAGGCAGUGUAAGACAUAAGCAUAAUUGUAUAGAUUCAGCUACAGACAUCCUCCUGUAGCAUUGUAUUCAAGGCCUUAGUGAAGGAACCAUUGUGCAUGCUUUGCCUGUCAUCCCCACUUCCCCAGGUUCUCAGAUGGUGGUGGCCAUGAAGGCCAUUUCUCUGGCUUUUGACCUGGACAGAGGCACCGGGCCUGCUGUACCCAAUCCUCUGGAGUUCACAGGCUACAUUCUCUUUGUGGGCACUGUUGUCUUUGGGCCCUGGGUCAGCUACUCAAGCUACAAAGAGGCCAUUGAGAGCCACAAGCUGGUAAGCCACAGAUGAAGAGGCAAAAAAAUGUGUUCUCAGUGAACUUGUUGAAAGAAAGCUGAAUAGAUGCCUGGAUAGUAUCUGAGUUUACAUUUGACAUAUAGGCCUAUAACAUAUUGGUCCAUAUUUACUCAUUGUUUGCGCUGGUGCAAAAAGUUUACACCACUUUUCACUGCAGUUAGAUCAAUAUAGCCAGGCUGCUAACAUCUGUCAUUUCUUUAACAUGGUCUCUCUGUCCCCCAGAAAUGUUCAGUCAGCUGGGUCAAAUGCCAGGUGUGCUUGGUGAUAUCCAACUGCAUCGCCCCAUACCUCUUCCCUUACUUCAUUCCAAUCCACGGGGGCAGAGGACUGUUCCUUGGUCAUGCCAUCUCUAUCAGUGCUGUGAAUGUGAAUGUAGAACAACUUUGUUAGUGAUUUCCAUUUAUUUUACUUUCUCUGCUUCCAAGAGGCACAAAAGCAAGGUAAGGGUUAUUGUGACGAAGAACGUCAAAGUUCUUUAGACAAACACUGGUAGUAGCAGUAGUUAAGUCAUAGCCUAGUAGUUCACUCUUCAAGAUGGCGUCAGUGCAUAAUGCUAUUCCUUGUGUUAUUGCUGAAAUAAGGAAAGGCUAUAAACAGUAUCUUAGAGCUAUCUUGUCUGUUUUCCCUGUGUGCAGGUGCCUCCACACCUAUGA